GCUUUAUUUAAGUCAGGAAGAUUUAAAGCAAAAUCCCCAUUUCCCCCCGUUAUUUUAAGAUGUCAUGGCAGAGGCGGAGGCAAGUCUCCCAGCACCGGAUACAGCAACCCCUUACGAUGAAUACGAGUGCAAAAUCUGCUACAAUUACUUCGAUCUGGAUCGCAGGGCGCCCAAGAUCCUGGAGUGUUUGCACACGUUUUGCGAGGAGUGCCUGACCACACUGCACGUCAGGGAGGAUCGGCCAUGGCGAAUUGCCUGCCCCAUCUGCCGGCACAGGACAGCCGUGCCCGACUACAGGAUCCACAACCUGCCCAAUAACACCAAGGUCACCGAGGCUUUCCCCCUCUAUGUGGGGGCCGAUCCUUUGCCCCAGGAUGCCCUGCCUCCGACGCCCCAACUGCAGAGGUUCAGCCAGCAGCCCCAGGCUGAGCGCUCUCACCAGCCUCAGGCUCAGCAGCAGCCCAGAUCCAGCGCUGCCCUGCCUCCCGAGCUCGCCACCCCUUCGGCAGCCGCGGGCAGCCGGCAGUCCCCGGGACCCUCGGCGCCUUACGAGAGCUGCCAGAACUGCAAGCGGGCCGCCCUGACCGCCGGCUGCGUCUGUGUGGUCUUCUCUUUCCUCUCCAUGGUCGUACUGCUCUUCACCGGCUUGAUUUUUGUCAAUCACUAUAACAUCUCACCCUCGCCAGUCGGCCCUAUCUGCCUGUCAGUGGCCAGCAUCUUAGCCUUGUUCUCAGUGGUUGUCACGUGGGUGAUCUGCUGGCUCAAAUACCGCCCCGAGAGCAAUGGGCAAGUGAAUAACAGAGCACCCGCUCCCUCAUCAGCCAGAAGUAACACUUAGCACUUGGGAUGAAGUGCAGUUUGUUUUAUUACAACAUGACCGAUUGGGGAACAAAGACCUUUUCGUGUAUGUGCUUUCAUCCAGUACUGCUGCAUGCCCAGACGAAAGGUGUCCGAAUUCCUUCACUCAGCACCUUGCCCUUUACGUAUCACACGACAAAACUUAUUUAGAAUGACUGAUGUUUAGCUUGUGGGUGAACUAACCAGUUACGAUAUGUGUAUCCCAAAGGCUGGCCAUGCUUGUACUAAUAACGGAUAUUGCGUACGUUGUAUUGUGUUGAAAUGUACAUGUUCAAGUUGUAUCAUAACUGAAAUAUGCAUCCUUAGAUUUUGAUAAUGAAAGAAUAUAUUAUAUGUACAGUUUAAAAAGGAUAGUUGUGGGUGUUUAAAGUCACUAACUUUUGGUUUCCUGGAUUGUGAGUCACAAGGAUGUCAGGGAGUCUGGGCGAGAUGAAAGAUUUCGUUAUGGGAUUAGGUUUGCGGCCACUGAUAUCCCUUGCAGACAAUGGCUCUUUUUCGAAAGACUGCAGACUAAUCAAGGCUAAUGGCCGUCAGAAAGGCCCUUUUAAAUCAGAAUAUAUAUAAAUAGAUGUACUGUAGUUCAAUCGAAUGGAACCAGAUAGUGACUGUUGAAAAAUCUGAGAAGUGGUUACACAAAACACCAAAGGCCACAAUAUGUCACUGAUUCACACAAGUGCAUUCACAUAUCAGAAGAAAUCUAUUUAUGCGUAUUAGUCACCAGUAAGUAUUAUUUGGAAUCAUGGUAAUGUGGCUCCAUAAAGAGAACAUAUAUACGUCUCUAGAUAACCACAGUUCUCACCAGACGGGCAAUAGAUAUGUAAGAACUUACCCCAUAGGGAGCUUUAUAAGUGUAAGACAGCAAAAUGUAGAUUGAUAAAAUUAUGGAAAUAAUGCAGGUAAAAUGGAAGCUUGAACAUAUGUUCGGAUCGCCUUUAAACAUCCAGGUGGAUUUAAAUUAAAGAAUACAAUUUCAAAACAAGCACGUCAAAUUGUCAGCUACAAAAUGCUUUGAGUGCCUGACAAAUUUGCUGGAAGUAACUUUUAGGUUGCAGUUACCUUAAUUUCUCUGGGUCUUUAGAGGCCAGAAGAGUAGCCUGUGAUUACAUAAAGGAACUGCCUGAAUUUCUGGAAUGAUUACGUCGCAUUUAGGAUCUGUAAUUUUCAUUUUAUUAAGUUGAGAUCAGUUUUUAAUAAGUGACCGUUGGCUCGGACAAAUCUUAUUCUUUCCUGAAUGUUUAGAUUGAACCAAAAUGGAAUAUUGAGCUCAAAUUUAAGUGCGGGGUGUUUCCAAUGAAGCAAUGUCCUUUAAACUGAUGCAUCCCCUCGACGAAAUGUGUACAAACUAAAGUGAAUCUGGAGGCAAACACAUGCCUAAAAUGUACACAUGACAAGGAUUAGCCCAUUGGCCAAAGACCGUGACGACAGGAAGCCAAUCGGACUGGUGGGAACUGCACCGUCCAAAUGUUUUCACGGUCUCUGAACUGUGGCCUUUGAAGUGAUUGUUUUAUAAGUACAGUAUAAUUUAGGACGCUUGUGAUUAACCAAACGAAAUGACCCCUUAUAGAAAUUAAGGCCAAACUAGUGGGUUUUCUAUUUCUCUAGUCCUGGUAUGAAGAUUGGUUUCCCUAAUGGUUCAGGGAAGUUAUCUAGAGGUUGAAGUAUUUACACUGGGGUAUUCUUGGUUGAAUUCCUGGCCAGCAUUGAGUUAGCUGAGUUUAACUGGGCCAACAAUUGGUCUUUGCAUUCCUGGGUUAAGGGCAGCAAAGUGAGCCCAUCGUCCUGUUCUUUUACUGUAAUUGCCAUCUACCAACCCUCAUUUCGAAAUUGUAUGUGUAUGUGUGAGGCAGAGAAGAAGGUAAUGGGCUCGAUAAUAAUACCUCCGCAGUUGAAUCUACCAAAAAGGUAUGAGUGGCUAUUUGGAUCAGGUGCUAAAGGGAGCCUAGUACCAUGACAUAACAAAGAAUUAAUGCUGUCGGGGUAGACGGAAAGAGGAAAUAGAAUGGUCUACAGAAGUUGUAUUCCUGACCAGGUCCUGAGAUAUUCUAAAAUCACAGUAGGCUUGGCAUUAUGCCCUGCUGUGGCAAACUAACACAUGGAUGUUUAACGCACUGGGUUCAAAUUCCCGGCUGGUCGUUUAGCGGACAAAUAGAACAAUUUAAACUAAAUAAAGUCUUUCCCUAAAGUAGUGAAAACAGCAAUUUCCUGGGAGUGCGUUAAACGUCAGGCGGCUAUCCUACAUAAUUUCAAGGUCAGGAGUUUUUUUUGAAGUCGAAGAAAAUAUGCCUUAUGCCGAGCUGAGGCAGUGAAAUUAAAACGUUUGCUGUGGAAAACUAAAUUUUGUUUUCCAGACCAGCUGAACCUUUGUACAGUGUUUCCUUUAGCUUAACAUAAAUGUUAAUAAAGGCGGAAACGCCUUUAUCGAAAUAUUGUAAUUGCACUAGAUAUAAGCGAUAUUUAUGCGAAGCGUUUUCUCAGUUUCUUAUAUUUCCGCCCUUCCUGUUAGCCAGCCUUGCAUUACAGGUUCGUUCUAAAUGUGGAGUAUAUCAAUAAAAUAACAUGUGAUUGUUAGAUAUUAGCCAAGCCCAUAUCCCGGAUAUACGGUGAAUAAAGGGGUUGAGAAGUUUAUAAAGCAGCUGUAUUAUACCAUUACAGACAGUUUUUCGCAACACAUUGGUUGAAAUUCGAUACCCUGAAGAGCUUAGAAUGAUUUCUUUAAAGAUAGAGACGGCGAAAACUGAAGCAAACCCGUUGGAAUUCUGUUAGAAAAGGUGAAUGGUUUCGUUCAGAAUAUUGCUGAGAUUCACUCGUGCAUUUGUAUUUUGACAUGAGCACAAUGAACUCUUUCUAAAUUGUAAAUGGGUAAAGAGUUUUUUUGCAUUGGGAUGUGUUUGGUGUAGUACACACCGCUUUCACAAUGACAACUGCUUUUCAGUCUAAGUGUGGAAAUGGGUGUUACUAAAAGAAAACACAUGGUAUCAAAUGAGUAUAAAUUGCACACGUUAGAUAUUUUCAAUUUCUAAAUAUGAAUGUCAAAUUUGUGUAACUUAUUAUCUAGAAACAACAUACAGUUCAACUCUACGGAUUGAAUCUAGGCUGGCCUAGAUGGCUUUUUUAAAAAGUGUUUCUCUCUCUUCCAAUUGCUAAGUGUAUGAGGUUUUCUUUGCUUGUACUUUUCUUUCAGUUAACCAAAGUAACUGGAAAUUGCAGGAAGUAGAAAGGUUAACGGAAAUUGUAAUGCUUGGCUAUUUUCAACUACACUCAAACUGUUGCUGGAACAUUAAAAU